AUGCACAAAGUAUUAGAUAUAUUCAAGAAGCAGGACCAAAGGGAUGAGCUAUACCCUUGGGCCCUCGAGAAAUAUUAUACAGUAUCGAAAAAAGUACUUGGAACUGGCUCAUUUGCAAUAGUCAAAUUAUGUACGGACAAACGCACUGAGAAUCAAUAUGCUCUUAAAAUAAUUAACAAGAAGAGCAUACAAGGCAGAGAAACAAUGCUUACUACCGAACUCAAUGUACUCAAGAAAGUAGAUCACCCAAAUAUUGUAGCGCUACAUGACUUAUUUGAAACGAAGAAUGCAGUAUAUAUUAUCACGGAUCUAGCGAGUGGUGGUGAGCUGUUCACCGAGUUGUUACUUCAACGAAGCUUCACCGAAAAAGAUGCUGCUCAUUUGAUACGACAAGUACUUGAAGGAGUGGCAUAUCUACACGACCAUGAGAUAGUACACAGGGAUCUCAAACCGGAGAAUCUACUGUUUAAAGACAAAGACGAGAACCCAAGACUUAUGAUUACCGACUUUGGUCUAUCUAAAAUACUCCGUAACCAUAAUGACAUAUUAAUGACUGCAUGCGGCACACCAGGAUACGUUGCUCCUGAAGUAUUACGGCAAGUAGGUCAUGGGAAACCAGUUGAUCUAUGGAGCAUCGGAGUAAUAAUGUACACUCUCCUUUGUGGGUAUGCUCCAUUCUGGGGCGAGAAUCAAGCGGCCUUGUUCGAAGCCAUUAUAUUAGGCAAAUAUGAAUUUGAAGAUGAAUACUGGUCUAAUAUUUCGGAGUUGGCAAAGGAUCUCAUCAGACGACUAUUGACGUAUUCACCAGAGAACCGCAUUACUGCGCACCAAGCACUUUUGCAUCCUUGGUUCAAAUCGGCUGCAAACGUUGAUCUUUUACACAACGUUCGCAAUUACGUCUCGGCUCGGGCAAGCUUGAAAAAAAUCAUGACCGUCGUUAAAGGUGUCAUAAGGCUGGAAAGGCCAGUUGCAAGGCCGCAAACCGCAAAUCAAACACAGAAUGAUGGGAAAACGAACAUAACAGCAGAAAACGACAACCGGCAAGCAAAAUCUCUCGAGGCUAAUGAGGAAUUUGUGCAGACAGGAAUUCUCCCGUUAUCGGGAAACAGAACUAUCACGUCAACGAUUUCUCACUUCUUUAAUGGUAGCUCGUCUUCGGGCUCCGACGAGCGGUCUCCUGUGCGUAAUGGCGACAUUUAUACAAUGGUAGACGACACAUCACGUCAAGACGGGAUCAUCGAAGCAGUAGACAAUAAAUUAAGUAAUUCCGGCUCUCUUUUGACCGUGGAAGUUUUAUAA